AUGUCCGUUGCCCGCCGGGCAGGGCCCAUAAAGAGCCGCUCUCCAUUUGUUUUGACGCCGAAGAGUUUCCUUGUGUUUCUUCCUUUGACCGGGCUCCCAAAGCUGCAGAACGGGCUUCAAGGAUUGCUGCCUUGCCUGUUCAGCUCCGAUACUUUUGGCAUAUUGGAGACUACAAUUGUUCGUCGUCGUGCGCCUAGCGCCGCCAACUCAGCGCCAACAGUUACUAAUGGCUCGCGGCAAGGCGCUUCAGGUGCCCCGCUGGACAAACCAGCCUAUCCUCAUAGCGCGCCCGAGACUGGCUACUUGCGGCCGGACACAUUCUUGCGCACGCUUGUGCCUGGGAAGAGCCCUAAGAUUGAUAUCGUUGCCAUUCAUGGCCUUAAUCCCAAGAACAAGGAGCGCCAUGCUGAGAGGACGUGGGAGUUGAACGGAAAGAUAUGGCUGAGAGACUUUCUCCCCAGUCAGCUACCCCAAGCGAGGAUAAUGAUCUAUGGCUAUAAUUCCAAUGUCAGCAUUCAGUCUUCUUCUGCCGGGGUACGCGAGCAAGCACAGAACUUGCUGAAUAGGCUGUGGCUCGAAAGACAAUCUUGGUGGUAUAGUGGUCAAGGAGCCUUUUUUGGCACUCCACAUCGUGGCAGUCAGUUGGCAAAGCUUGGGGAGACAGUUGCGAAGGCUGUGAGGGCAUUUCUUAGAACCCCAAACAACACCUUCAUCAAUGCCUUGAAAGAGAAUGAUCUAUACGCCAAUGAGCUCUCGGCGAACUUCAGUCAGUUGUUGGAGGAUUACAAGUACAUAAACUUCUACGAAACUCUACCUUUGAGAAGCCUCGGAAUCAUUGUAGAGAAAAAGUCAGCAACACUCGGUUUGCCUGACUCGCGAGAAAUAACGGUUGCCUUGCUUGGAGACCACGAAAGUAUUUGCCGGUUCGCAAGCGAAGAGGACGAUAAUUACAAACACGUCUCUGGGCUCAUUACUAGGUUUGCUGCCAUAGCAAUGAGGGAGUGCGAGGAGGCAUCACUCUUUGGAGAAUUGGGUACAGAAUCGACUCUGGCCGGAUUGAGUCUGGUUGACCAGUUGGGUUCCAGAACAUGCAUGAUUCCAUUCCCGCGGAAUCAAGCGUUCGUGGGCAGGGCUUCUAUCCUUGAACAAGUCAAGAGUCAAAUCUUGCCUAUUGGAACAACUUCUCGACUGGUGCUGUUUGGCCUCGGGGGUGUAGGGACCAGAAAAUCGCAUAUCGCAAUCGAAUUUGCCCACCAAAUCUAUACAGAGCUCCAAGCGUCAGUAUUUUGGGUCAGUGCAAGCAGCAUUGAUCGCUUUCGUGAAGGGUACAGUGCGAUCUUCGACGAACACAUCUCAGACUCGGACGUAAAAUGCGACAAAGCCGUUCGCGUCAAAGAAUGGCUUGAGAAGGAACAUGAUGAAUGGGUGUUGAUCAUUGACAAUGCCGACGAAACAUCUUUGUUCGAGCCUUCCAAGCACGGUAAACAAAGCGAGAGCCAGUCAAUCCUGGAAUUUAUCCCCGAGUCUCAACGCGGUGUUAUUCUCGUCACAACGCGAAAUCGAGCAGCGGGCGUGAAGUUUACGAAGGGAGCAGCUAAGGCUUUGAUUGAAGUCAAGCCGAUGACUAGCGAGGAAGCAAAGCUCCUCAUCAAGAGCAAUGUCACAGAGCAGAUCCUUGAAGAGGAUGAACUGGACAGGCUCUCCGAAAUCUUAGGCCAUCUGCCACUGGCGAUCGUCCAAGCCGCCGCUUUCAUGCAAGAAAACUCCAUGAGCGUCAGCGAAUACAUCGAGCUGUACAACGACAGCGAAGAAACAAGCAUGGAUCUUCUCUGCGAGCCGUUUGAAACACUAGGGAGAGAUACCGGCGUUCCCAAUGCCGUUGCUACAACGCUGAUCGUCUCCCUUGACCAAAUCAAAGAGCGGGAUCCCAAGGCUGUUGAAAUACUACAGCUUAUACCAUUUCUAGACAGAAAUGAGGUUCCUAAGAGCUUGGUCCAGCAUAGGAUAAAACGCCCGUUGGAGCUAACGAAGGCGCUUGGAACCCUAAAGGCGUUUUCUCUGAUUGUUCCGACAAAUGGUAAGGGAGACUUCUCUUUCCAUCGCCUGGUACAGUUGGUGCUGCGGAAAUGGCUUAUUCUGGAGAGCCUCUAUGAAGAGAAAUCUGUUCAUGCCAUGGAGCUUCUGGAUGAGUUGUAUCCUGAUGCGACAUUCGAGAACUGGGGUACUUGUGCGGCGUACCUGCCACAUGCUCAAUCGGUUCUAUCCCUCGUUUCCGAAGCUCAUGAUGAAAGUAGGAAAAAGAGAAUCCAUCUUCAGGAGGGUAUCGCCUAUUACCUUUGGUCUCAAGGAUACUACCAAGAAGCCGAAAAGCUGGAUGCCCUGAUCGUCGAGGAGAAAAAGCGGGAGUUUGGACCAGAGCAUCCCGAAACCCUGGAAAGUAUGACUGGUCUGGCGGCAACGUACCAUGAUCAAGCCAGAUGGGCGGAAGCUGAGCAGCUGGAUUCGUUUGUACUUGAAGCGAGAAGGAAAAUGCUGGGCUCCAGUGAUCGCCUCACGCUGACCACGAUGGCUAAUCUUGCAACGACAUAUGUGUCUCAGGACCGAAUGCAGGAGGCUGAGUCCCUUAGACGGGAGGUCUAUGAGACCUCGAAAUCAGAGUUUGGCGAAGAGGAUGAGGACACAAUUAUCGCGAUGACCAACUUAGGGACACUCUACAUCGAUCUGGGGAAAGUGGAGGAGGCAGCUGGCUUGAUACAGCGUGCCCUAGCUUGGAGAACGAAAAGCCAAGGUCCUGAGCAUAAGGACACCUUAGUCUGCUCCAGCACUCUUGCUAAGGUCUACAAAGCGCAAGGCAAAUUGGAAGAAGCCGAAGAACUGGCCCUUCAGUGCUUGACGGUAUCCGAAGCUGUCUUAGGCCCACAGCAUCCAGAGACGUGGAUCAGAAAAACGAUAGUAGCUGAUAUCUACUUGGAACGAGGAAAGCUAGACAUGGCUGAAGAGCAAUUUGUGCAGAUGAUCGAAAAGAUGGAGCAGGAAAAGGCCCCUCGCUACGAUAUCUUAGAGAAAAUAUUACGCCUUGCGGGCGUCUAUCGGGCCAAAGGUGACGAAAAGAUGGUCGUGAAACUGGAAGGCGAAGCACUUGAUGGGAGCAUUCAAGAGCUGGGACCUGAUCACCCGUUUACCAUGCGAUGUCUCUAUUUUGUUGCGGUCACUCACAAGCAAUACGGGAGAGAUGCCGAAGCGAUCCGGCUAAUGACUCUUGCGACCCAUAGAGAGGAGAAAGUUUUGGGGCCUUAUCAUGAUAGUACUCUUGAGUCCUUCCAUAUGCUGAGGGAGUGGUGUGGUGAUGAUGUGGCCAUACAGAAGCUGCUAGAAAUUGACGAAAGAGGGGAGAGCAAACCGAGCGGCUGGAGAGGCAGGUCUACAGUGGGAGAGAGCUGA